UUUGGCUCAGGGUUUUGUAGGAAGUGUUGUUUUCGGCACAACUCCGUCUUUCCUCGGCAGUGAUGAAGGCAGUCCUAGGCGUGUCGUUGGCUGUUCUCGCUGCUGGUGACCAGGUCGCGCAGGCAUCACAGCCUGCGCAACCUGCUGUGCCUGAUGUGACCAUGGGACAGCUUGGUCUUUCCAACCAAAUGGGAGCCUACUACAGGUCCAUGUAUGCACCUGUUCCGGCAAUGCAACCUGGGGCAGCCGGAGUCGCACCUCAGCCAGCUGCUAGUGGCGUGGGUGCAAUGGGUGGCAUGGGAUUUGGCGGAGCCUAUGCGCCUAUGGGCACCCAAGUUGGACAGGCUUAUGACGGUGCCUUUGGUGGCUCCCCAGCCCAGGUGCAGGCAUCGCAGGCACAGCUGGCCAAUCAGCUGGGUGGCAUGUACAGGUCGCAGUAUGUGACUCCAGACGUGGAGGCACAGAUUCGAGCACAGCAGGCAGCACAGGCUGCACAGCAGGCCGCGCAGGCUCAGCAGGCAGAGAAGGAGGCGAAAGGCUCCAAGGGCGCCAAGGGCGCCAAAGGCGCCGAGGUCUUGCUGGCCGCAGCACCUGCGACUGAGGCACCCACGCCCAUGGAUGCCAAGGAUUGCACAACAAUGGAUCAACUGGAUGCCUGGCUCAAAGCGAGGUCUGACAGCUUGAAGAAGUACGUUCCCAAGGACUACCAGAGCUAUGCCAUGAAGUCCGUCGAAAGUGAGUACAACAGCAACAAGGAGAGGAUAGAAGAUGCCAAGAAGGGCGGCUCCGGAUCAAAGCCGGUGACGGGCCCAUUGUUGCUUGCAGAGAAUGAGGGCAAGGACCCUGAAAGCAUGAUUGAUCAGUUCAAGAAGGAGGUAGCAGACAAGACCAAGGAUGUGGAGGGCACAGCCAAUUCAUGGGUGGAUGAGGUUUCACAGGCCGUGAAGGGGGCAUUUGACAAGGCAGCCGAUGCUGUAGAAGGUUCGGCAGACAAGACUGCUGACAAGGUGAAGCAAAAGGUCGAGGACAUCAAGGAAAAGCAAAAACAUGAGAAACACGACAAGAAGGAAGAUGACCCAGAGGUGCUCCUUGCCCAGGAGAAGGGAACCUCUCCAGUGCUUUUCCUAGUGCCGUGCUUGGCUUUGGGAGCUGCAGCCGGUGUUUACCUCCGACGCAGGGCCUCCGAUGACGAGCUGGUGUCUGUGUACCACAUGCAGGUGUGAGCAGCCAGAAACCGCUAGGUAUUGUUUCAUGGAGCUGCAUGUUUCGUCAAAAGAUG